CGAGACCAGGGGAUAAAGGGCCUGGGGAAGCUGCUGGGAACGUUUGCUCUAGGGAUUGAGCUAAACCAAGAAAAAUUGGCCCAGGGCUGAGCACAAAAGGAUCUUUUUUCAUUCCAGUGCUUUUCGCCCACACAGGGGACCAUGCCUCUGGAGGUGGUGGUGGAACUCCAGAUCCGGGCGAUUUCUUGUCCAGGAGUGUUCCUUCCCGACAAGCAAGAUGUGUACCUUGGGGUGUACCUCCUGAAUCAGUACCUGGAGACAGACUGCUUUCCCUCUGUGUUCCCUAUUAUGAUCCAGCAGAGCAUGAGGUUUGAAAAGGUAUUUGAAAAUGCAAUAGAUCCUGGGGCUGUAGCAGAAAUUUUAGAAAGCUUCCUAACCAGGUUUGAAUUAAUACAGCUAGUAUCUCCAGCAUGGGAAGAGUUGGCCUGCUAUGAAGAAAACACACGAGAUUUUCUUUUCCCUGAGCCCAAGCUGACACCUUCGCUCCCUGGCAUGUACAGGCAGGUGCUCAUGAAGACAUUUGCAGGUUUUCCAGGCAUUGCUCCCAAAAUAGAGUUUUCCACACGGACAGCCAUCAGAGAACGCGUGUUCCUGCAUAGAAACAGGUUUCUUGAAGAAAGAGAGAAGUCAAGAAGGCCUUUAUCUACAUCAGAUGGGCCCAGAUCCCCCUUAAAUAACGUGAGGAUGAGGCCAAAGGACAUUAAGGUCGAAAGCACGCAAUCCUGGGCCCCCUCGCCCUGCUCCCCCAGGUGCUUCGUUCAGGACCAGCCCACUCCACCGAACCUUGGAAAUAAUUUCAGAAUCUCCGGGGAAAGCAAACCUCCAUUUGUAGUUAGACACGUGGACAGUGAGAAGCCUUUUGGUGACAAUAUUUCAGAGCUUCAGCCCCGGAAGUCUAGGACAAAACCUAAGUUUUCAAACUUACCUUUUCCAGGGAGAAGAGCUUCUUCUUUUGACAGCUUUGCUGCUAACAUAAAGGUUAUCAAAGAGCCAGAUGAACGGAUUGUUUUAAGGAAAGAAUCACCAUCACCUUUAGAUUCAAGUAAGUUUGGAAAACCGUCGCCCAGUUAUGGUAACCAAGGGGACGCCGAUUUCCACCGGGAAGCCUCGUUUGCCACCUACCAGCCUUCCAGAUCUUCUAGCCCUCUUCUGGAUCAGCCCCUUCUCCGAGAAAGAUUCCACCUUUAUUCUCAGUCCACUUGGAGGAAGAUCCACGAGAGGGUGUGCGGUCUUCGGACAUCCCACAGAGCUCAGCAACACCUAAACAAGGACCACGUGCCGUGCGCGACGUUGCCGGCUUCACAGCGAAAACUGGAGGAGCAUCGCGAAGAACUCACUCAUCGAGUCAACUGACACAUCCUUCGAGAAAUGAACAAGUUUUUGUUAUGUGCGUGGAAUCACCAGUGUCUCACCCCCUUUACACCAAACCCUGUACUCACUCAGUCUUCUGUACCUAGGUCAGAGUCGUUGAUUAAAGUGUUUCCAGUGUGGGGCUCUUAUUUCCUUGUCAAGCUGGAAACUUUUUGAUACACUUUGU